AUGGGGAGAGGGAAAGUGGAGCUGAAGAGGAUAGAAAACAAGAUAAACAGACAGGUUACAUUCUCGAAGAGGAGAGCUGGUUUGGCCAAGAAAGCCCAUGAAAUCUCUGUUCUCUGUGAUGCAGAUGUUGCUUUGAUUGUUUUUUCCCAUAGGGGAAAGCUUUUUGAUUACUCCACUGAUUCCUGCAUGGAGAUGAUUAUUGACCGAUACGAACGAUACUCAUAUGCUGAGAAACGCUUGCUUGCAGAAACUAAUGACUCUGAAUCAUCAGAUAACUGGAGCUUGGAAUAUGCUAAGCUAAAAGGAAAGAUUGAUCUUCUGCAAAGGAAUCACAAGCACUACAUGGGAGAAGAUCUGGACACCAUGAGCCAGAAAGAUCUCCAGAAUUUGGAGCAACAGCUUGAUUCUUCUCUCAGGCUGAUUCGAUCCAGAAGAAGCCAGCUUCUGUAUGAUUCACUUUCUGAGCUGCAAAAAACAGAGAAGGCAAUUCUGCAGGAGAAUAAUAUGCUGGCAAAGAAGAUCAAGGAGAAGGAGAAGAUGGCAGCACAGCAGGCACAAUGGGAGCAAAAUCAAGGCCCAAGCUCAACUUCAUUCCUCUCACCACAACCACUUCCUUGCCUAAACAUUGGUUACCAAGGAGAAAGAGCAAAUCAAACAGGGAGAAAUGACCUGGACCUAAACCUUGACUCACUCUACCCUCCAUGCCAUCUUGGCUGCUUUGCUCCAUGUGCCAAUCAAUAAGCAAUCAAAGUUGCUGGUCUGGCUUCAUCCCCAUACUUUCAUUUCCUAUGCGAGUAUAGAUGAGAGAAAUAAUAUUGACACUGAUUCCUAAUUGUAUGUUCAUGAUCUUUGACUCCUAUGUAUCUCAUGCCCUCAGUAUACUACUUUAUCAAGAACAAU